AUGAUGGGAGGCAGACAGACUCCCCAUCCUUCCAUUCCCCAUCCCUCCAUUCCCCAUCCUUCCAUUCCCCAUCCCUCCAUUCCCCAUCCUUCCAUUCCCCAUCCUUCCAUUCCCCAUCCUUCCAUUCCCCAUCCUUCCAUUCCCCAUCUUCCAUUCGCCAUCCUUCCAUUCCCCAUCCUUCCAUUCCCCAUCCUUCCAUCCCUUAUCCUUCCAUUCCCCAUCUUCCAUUCCUCAUCCUUCCAUUCCCCAUCCUUCCAUUCCCCAUCCUUCCAUUCCCCAUCCUUCCAUUCCCCAUCCUUUCUUUCCCCAUCCUUCCAUUCCCCAUCCGUCCAUAUUCCCAUCCCUCCAUUCCCCAUCCUUCCAUUCCCCAUCCUUCCAUUCCCCAUCCGUUCAUAUCCCCAUCCCUCAAUUCCCCAUCCUUCCAUUCCCCAUCCCUCCAUUCCCCAUCUUUCCAUUCCCCAUCCUUCCAUUCCCCAUCCUUUCAUUCCCCAUCCUUCCAUUCCCCAUCCUUCCAAUCUCCAUCCGUCCAUAUUCCCAUCCCUCCAUUCCCCAUCCUUCCAUUCCCCAUCCCUCAAUUCCUCAUCCUUCCAUUCCCCAUCCGUCCAUAUCCCCAUCCCUCAAUUCCCCAUCCUUCCAUUCCCCAUCCCUCCAUUCUCCAUCCUUCCAUUCCCCAUCCUUCCAUUCCCCAUCCCUCCAUUCCCCAUCCCUCCAUUCCCCAUCCCUCCAUUCCCCAUCCCUCCGUUCCCCAUCCUUCCAUUCCCCAUUCUUCCAUUCCCCAUCCUUCCAUUCCCCAUCCUUCCAUUCCCCAUCCUUCCAUUCCCCAUCUUCCAUUCGCCAUCCUUCCAUUCCCCAUCCUUCCAUUCCCCAUCCUUCCAUUCCCCAUCCUUCCAUUCCCCAUCUUCCACUCCCCAUCCUUCUAUUCCCCAUCCUUCCAUUCCCCAUCCUUCCAUUCCCCAUCCUUCCAUUCCCCAUCCUUCCAUUCCCCAUCCUUACAUUCUCCAUCCGUCCAUAUUCCCAUCCCUCCAUUCCCCAUCCUUCCAUUCCCCAUCCUUCCAUUCCCCAUCCGUCCAUAUCCCCAUCCCUCAAUUCCGCAUCCUUCCAUUCCCCAUCCCUCCAUUCCCCAUCUUUCCAUUCCCCAUCCUUCCAUUCCCCAUCCUUCCAUUCCCCAUCCUUCCAUUCCCCAUCCUUCCAUUCUCCAUCCGUCCAUAUUCCCAUCCUUCCAUUCCCCAUCCUUCCAUUCCCCAUCCUUCCAUUCCCCAUCCGUCCAUAUCCCCAUCCCUCAAUUCUCUAUCCUUCCAUUCCCCAUCCCUCUAUUCCCCAUCUUUCCAUUCCCCAUCCUUUCAUUCCCCAUCCCUCCAUUCCCCAUCUCUCCAUUCCCCAUCCUUCCAUUCCCCAUCCUUCCAUUGCCCAUCCUUCCAUUCCCCAUCCUUCCAUUUCCCAUCCUUCCAUUCCCCAUCUUCCAUUCCCCAUCCUUCCAUUCCCCAUCCUUCCAUUCCCCAUCCUUCCAUUCCCCAUCCUUCCAUUCCCCAUCCUUCCAUUCUCCAUCCGUCCAUAUUCCCAUCCCUCCAUUCCCCAUCCUUCCAUUCCCCAUCCCUCCAUUCCCCAUCCUUCCAUUCCCCAUCCGUCCAUAUCCCCAUCCCUCAUUUCCCCAUCCUUCCAUUCCCCAUCCCUCCAUUCCCCAUCCUUCCAUUCCCCAUCCUUCCAUUCCCUAUCCUUCCAUUCCCCAUCCUUCCAUUCCCCAUCCUUCCAUUCCCCAUCCUUCAAUUCCCCAUCCUUCCAUUCCCCAUCCUUCCAUUCCCCAUCUUCCAUUCCUCAUCUUUCCAUUCCCCAUCCUUCCAUUCCCCAUCCUUCCAUUCCCCAUCCUUCCAUUCCCCAUCCUUUCUUUCCCGAUCCUUCCAUUCCCCAUCCGUCCAUAUUCCCAUCCCUCCAUUCCCCAUCCUUCCAUUCCCCAUCCUUCCAUUCCCCAUCCGUCAAUAUCCCCAUCCCUCAAUUCCCCAUCCUUACAUUCCCCAUCCCUCCAUUCCCCAUCUUUCCAUUCCCCAUCCUUCCAUUCCCCAUCCUUUCAUUCCCCAUCCUUCCAUUCCCCAUCCUUCCAUUCUCCAUCCGUCCAUAUUCCCAUCCCUCCAUUCCCCAUCCUUCCAUUCCCCAUCCCUCCAUUCCUCAUCCUUCCAUUCCCCAUCCGUCCAUAUCCCCAUCCCUCAAUUCCCCAUCCUUCCUUUCCCCAUCCCUCCAUUCCCCAUCCCUCCAUUCCCCAUCCCUCCAUUCCCCAUCCCUCCAUUCCCCAUCCUUCCAUUCCCCAUUCUUCCAUUCCCCAUCCUUCCAUUCCCCAUCCUUCCAUUCCCCAUCCUUCCAUUCCCCAUCCCUCCAUUCGCCAUCCUUCCAUUCCCCAUCCUUCCAUUCCCCAUCCUUCCAUUCCCCAUCCUUCCAUUCCCCAUCUUCCAUUCCCCAUCCUUCCAGUCCCCAUCCUUCCAUUCCCCAUCCUUCCAUUCCCCAUCCUUCCAUUCCCCAUCCUUCCAUUCCCCAUCCUUCCAUUCCCCAUCCUUCCAUUCUCCAUCCGUCCAUAUUCCCAUCCCUCCAUUCCCCAUCCUUCCAUUCCCCAUCCUUCCAUUCCCCAUCCGUCCAUAUCCCCAUCCCUCAAUUCCGCAUCCUUCCAUUCCCCAUCCCUCCAUUCCCCAUCUUUCCAUUCCCCAUCCUUCCAUUCCCCAUCCUUCCAUUCCCCAUCCUUCCAUUCCCCAUCCUUCCAUUCUCCAUCCGUCCAUAUUCCCAUCCUUCCAUUCCCCAUCCUUCCAUUCCCUAUCCUUCCAUUCCCCAUCCGUCCAUAUCCCCAUCCCUCAAUUCUCUAUCCUUCCAUUCCCCAUCCCUCCAUUCCCCAUCUUUCCAUUCCCCAUCCUUCCAUUCCCCAUCCCUCCAUUCCCCAUCCCUCCAUUCCCCAUCCCUCCAUUCCCCAUCCCUCCAUUCCCCAUCCUUCCAUUCCCCAUCCUUCCAUUGCCCAUCCUUCCAUUCCCCAUCCUUCCAUUCCCCAUCCUUCCAUUCCCCAUCUUCCAUUCCCCAUCCUUCCAUUCCCCAUCCUUCCAUUCCCCAUCCUUCCAUUCCCCAUCCUUCCAUUCCCCAUCCUUCCAUUCUCCAUCCGUCCAUAUUCCCAUCCCUCCAUUCCCCAUCCUUCCAUUCCCCAUCCCUCCAUUCCCCAUCCUUCCAUUCCCCAUCCGUCCAUAUCCCCAUCCCUCAAUUCCCUAUCCUUCCAUUCCCCAUCCCUCCAUUCCCCAUCCUUCCAUUCCCCAUCCCUCCAUUCCCCAUCCUUCGAUCCCCAUCCUUCCAUGCCCUGUCAUUCCACCUCUACCCACAGCAACCUGA